AUGAAAAUCGAAUCGGACUUUUUGCCAGAAAAACAAUGUAUUGUUAUCGAUAUUGGAACCAAGUACACAAAAUUUGGAUUUGCUACCGAACAUUCUCCUAGAUGUAUUAUACCUACUUGUUGUGAAAUAGAUGGUACAUUUAUUCCUGACAUAUAUAAAUGUAAAGAUGAACAAACACUCAUGUUAGCUUUAACAAACUUCAUACAUAUGUUAUUUUACAAAUAUGCGCUAGUGGCACCUAAAGAUAAAAAAGUAAUAAUUGUUGAGUCAUUAUUAUCACCAACAAUAUUUAAAGAAAUACUUGCUAAAGUAUUGUUUAUUACUUAUGAAGUCACAUCUCUAUGUUUUGUCCCAUCACAUUGUGCUUCUUUGUUUACGCUUGGAAUUUCUACCGGUCUAGUUCUCGAUGUAGGAUACAAAGAAGUUAUCCUUAUACCAGUAUGUGAAGGAGUACCUGUUCUACGUCUAUGGCAAGCAAUGCCAUUGGCAGGACAAUCGGUAGAAAAUCAAAUCAAAACUCGUAUUGAUAUAAGUCAAUUAUCUGAUGAAUCGAUUGACAGUAUUGCUGAAGAUAUUAAAGCUAGAUGCUGUUUUGUGACUACAUUAAAACGUAGCAAAAUUCUAGCCACAGGUCAAAGUGUUGAGCCUAAAACUACUGAUGUUGAAUAUCAUAUAAAUGGAGAAAGUUCCAUAACAAUAUCCGGAGAUGUUAGGGAAACAGUCCAUGAUGUAUUAUUUGAAGAAAACAUUGAUGAAAUGUCUAUCACUACUAUGAUUCUUGAAACUAUAGUUAAUAGUAAUGUGGAUAUCCGAUUAAAGCUUGCAGAAAACAUUGUUCUUAUAGGUGGCACAGUGAUGGCUAAAGGUUUCAUGUCAAGAUUAAAAGAAGAACUUGUAGAAAAACUUAAGUGUUCCAAGUAUAACAAUUUAAAAAUCACAAAAUUCAAAUUUCAUGUAGCACCUGCUUAUGAAAAUUAUAUUGCUUGGCUUGGAGGAUCAAUAUUUGGAAGCACAAACAAUUUGAACAUACUUUCACAAACAAGGGAAAAUUAUAUAAAUGAAAAUUAUGUUCCAGACUGGCCCACAACAUUCACCAGGCAAAAAACUGAAUAA